AUGUUCAUCGGCAUCUGCGGCAGUAUUUGCGCCGGCAAGAGCACCAUUGCUCAAUAUCUCGUCGAGCACCAUGGCUUUACACGCGUCUCGCUAGAGCACACAACCAAGACCAUUGAUGAUAUCGUCAAUGGCGAAUCCCCCAAUGACCACGUCAACGGUUUAGUCCGCAAACUUCUGCCCGCCUACAUCACCACCCCUUCGCAGACUUCAACCUCCGCCCGCUCCAAGGGCCACGUCUUCUCCUCCGCCGACGAUCUCCUCGACUUCAUCACCAAACACUGGCGCGAAAGAUGGGUAACGACCGACAUCCCCACCGAGGGGAUCCUCGACAUGUACAUCCGCCGACCUUUCUUCCUGCUCAUCAGCGUCGAUGCCCCCUUACCGUCCGAUGGCGCCGUUUCCCGUCACCGAAACAACAAGCAAUCCACCUCCUCCUCCGCCGGCGGUGCCGCUCUCCAGGCCGAAGCCGAGGCCGAAGACGACGAGGAAGAAGAAGAAAACCCAUUAACCUUUGAAUCCUUCGCCCACCUCAACGACACGCAACUCUUCCUCCCGCAAACCGGCCGGCUACCACUGAUGUCGCGCGCCACCGUCCGGCUCCUCAACACCUCACCCUCGCUUGCGCACCUCUACGCCACGCUGGGCAACCUCGACCUGCUCAACCCAGACCGCCUGCGGCCCUCGUGGGACUCAUACUUCAUGGCGCUCGCCUCGCUGGCCGCGCAGCGGUCCAACUGCAUGAAGCGGCGGGUUGGCUGCGUCGUGGUCCGCGACAAGCGCGUCAUCAGCACGGGGUACAACGGUACGCCGAGGGGACUGAUCAACUGCGGCGAGGGCGGGUGCGGGCGGUGCAAUGAGGGCCAGGGGUCCGGGCAGGGGCUUUCGACGUGUUUGUGCAUGCAUGCGGAGGAGAAUGCACUAUUGGAAGCCGGGCGGGAGAGGGUGAGAGAGGGCGCCGUCUUGUACUGCGAUACUUGCCCGUGUCUGACGUGCAGCAUCAAGAUUGCGCAGGUGGGGAUCAGCGAGGUGGUGUAUAGCCAGGGGUAUAGUAUGGAUGGGGAGACAGCGGGGUGUUUAGACAGGCGGGGGUGA